AUGGUGGGGGCCACCCCCGUCACCCAGGACUUCUGUAACGCCCCGUGGCACGUGCCAGCCGGUUCCCCGCAGGAGCCGAGUGCCAGAGCAGCGGGCGAGCCAGUGUGUGGCACGGAGGGAGAGCGGUGGCACACGGGGGCGUCAUGCCCUGAGGGUGAAGGGGGAGCCCGCCGGCAGCAUGAUGAAGCGGCAGCUGUGAGCCUGGAGGCAGGGCGGGAGCUGGCGGCGGAGCUGAGAGAGCUCGGCAGGGCCUCUGCUGACCAGCACGACGCAGCAGCGGACGGCUCGGUACGAGCGCCGAGGGGCCGACAGGGAGAAGGCACGUUGCAGAUGACAUCCAAGCUGAAGAAUCCCGCCGGUUCCUGCUCCGUGGACGUGAGCGCCGUGUGGUGGGAAGUGGCUGACUUCGAGGAGUUGCGCAUCGUGAUCGCUUGCAAGGCUUCUGUCGCCCUCUGGAGGCGCCUGGACUCCGGCUGCUGGGAGACGGUCCACACCUGGAGCUUCGCAGAGGUCCCGGUCUUCCAACUCGUCCCCCUGCCGGGAGCCCACAGCCUGAUGUGUGUGGCCCUGGGGGGCCCGGAGAUCGCAGAGCUCAGGCUGCUCUUUCAUUCUCUCAAAGAGGGCUGCCCGCAGCAGUCGCCGGUCAAGGCUGGAAACAUCAAAGCU